AUGUGUGGGAUCUUUUUCUCACUGAGCUCUUCAAAGCCCACAUCUUCAACAGAAGAGGCCUGCAAUCUGCUGCAGAAGCGAGGACCAGACAGCUACAAAACCCAUACGUUGCAAAAAGAUAUCAACGCACAGGAUGGAGUUUCUCUGCCCCUUUCCUACUAUCUCACCUUCACAUCCACAGUCCUCUCUUUGAGAGGCGAUCAUGUGUACACACAGCCACUCGUAGAUCCCACAACUCAGUCCGUGCUCUGCUGGAACGGAGAAGCCUGGAAGAUCGCCGAGAAGCGCGUUCAAGGCAAUGAUACCGAACAAGUUUUCGACUUAUUUCUGCAGGCAGUGAAUAGUGAUCGGGAGAGCUCUGUUGAAAGACUAGCUGAAGCUAUUUCCAAUAUAUCUGGCCCAUUUGCCUUUGUCUUCUAUGAUGCAGUCAACUCAAGACUCUUCUACAGCAGGGAUUGUCUAGGGAGACGAUCUCUUCUCGAAGGAUUCGAUGAAGACGGGAAUCUGAAGAUCUGCAGUAUCUGUGACAGUGCCUCCGUGGAUUGCUUCAAGGAAGUGGGCACCGACGGCGUCUGUACCAUUGACCUAGAUCGCUAUCAAGAUCCCUCUCUAUCUCCCAAAGAGCUGUGCCAGAUUAAAACCAUGCCAUGGAGCUCUGCUUCUUCAGUACCAGCUGGUCACAUUAAAAAAUCAAUCCCACCCAUGAACACAUCACUACCAACAGAGCAGCCUCCUGCAUUGACCACAGACUCAACAUUCGUCAAAGAACUCGAGUCAAAACUGCGUCAAUCCCUGGAACUAAGAAUCCAAAAUAUACCCAACCCUCCGGGCUACAUCGCAGGCGAAACCGCAAAGACAGCCGUCCUCUUCUCCGGCGGUCUAGACUGCACCCUUCUAGCCAGACUCUCGCACGACAUCCUCCCCAUCGAGGAACCAAUCGACCUCCUCAACGUAGCAUUCGAAAACCCACGGGUAGCAGCCGCAGCCGCAAAGGCCAACCCCCAAAACCCGUCCCCAGUCUCAAUAUACGAGAACUGCCCGGACCGAAUAACCGGCCGCUCCGCACACAGCGAGCUCCAAAGCACCUGUCCCGGACGCACCUGGCGCUUCAUCGCAAUCGACAUUCCCUACGUCGACACCCUCGCCCACCGAGACCAAGUCAAACGCCUAAUGAGGCCGCACAACACCGAAAUGGACCUGUCCAUCGCAUGCGCCUUGUACUUCGCAUCCCGCGGCCAAGGCACAGCCCAAACAAUCCCCUCAUCACCGCUCCCCACAGAAACCAACCCCCAAGCCUACACAACCACCUCCCGCGUGCUCCUCUCCGGCCUCGGCGCAGACGAGCUAUUCGCCGGCUACGGCCGACACAGCGUAGCCUUCAACCGAGGCGGUUUCAAAGACCUCAUCGCCGAAAUCGACCUCGACGUAAGUCGACUCGGGUCGCGCAAUCUCGGCCGCGACGACCGCGUGCUAUCCCACUGGGGCCGGGAAACGCGGUUCCCAUUCCUGGACGAGGAGUUCGUAGCCUGGGUGCUGCAGGCGCCUGUAUGGGAGAAAUGCGGAUUCGGCCUUCCAGGUUCCGCCACAGCCGACAUCGAUGCUGAGAAAUUGGCGCUGCGACUUGUUGCUUUGCGACUGGGUCUGGUGAAGGUUUCGCGGGAGAAGAAGAGGGCUAUUCAGUUUGGGGCGAGGACUGCUAAAAUGGAGACGGGGAGGUCGAGAGGUACGGAUGCUUUGAGUUGA